ACAUCAACUAUUAACCAAUGGGAACUUUUAUACGUCAAUCUGUGGAUAUUAGAAGGAAAAAUUAGCCCGUUAAAACAUAUGGUUCUCGUACAUGUUACUCCUGAAGCUAUUGUUUUAAAAGCCAACGUUACUUCUACACCUUUGGCAAGAUUUGCCCAUGCCAACAUUUUAGUUAAUUCAAAAUUAUAUUUUAUUGGCGGUGAAUUGCAAAACGGUGCUGGCGUUUCAAACGAAUUAUUUUUUCUCGAUUUAUCUGUUCCUUUUGUUACUUCUUCUCCACAAUGGACGGAUCUUUCUCCUGCCCCAGUUAGUAAUUCAUGGUGUAGUGCUUCAUUGGGUGGAUCCAAUAAUAAUACAAUAUUUUUAAUUGGUGGUUUAAUGUUCGAUUCAAAUAAUAAAAUUAGUAAUUCUCUAGUUUAUACAUUUAAUACAAUUGACCAAACUUGGUCUUCUCCAAAGAUUUCUGGCCAUUCUCCACAAAGGCGUAAAGAAAUAACUUCUAUUGUAAAUCCUGAUGAUGAAAAAAUUUAUAUAUUUGGUGGAUUAUCUGAUGCAACUACUGGUUCAUCCGAAUCUAAAUAUUUUAAUAACUUUAUUAUCUUAGAUACUGUUCAUUUAACUUGGACUACAAAUAAUUCUUCAUCUACCUCUACAAAAAGAGCUGGUCAUACAUUGACAAUAUGUAAUAAAAUACUCGUUUUGAUCGGAGGGAAAGAAAUUUAUAGUGAUGGUACUGUCAAACUUGCAGAUAUGAAUAAAAUUUGGACAUACGAUAUGAAUUCUGGAAUAUGGUCACUUAAUAUUGCCACUGGUGAUAACAUUGAUUCUCGUAUCUUUCAUACUGCUGUACUUGAUCAUCACAAAAGGAUCAUUAUUUAUGGUGGAAUGAAUGAUAAUUCCUCUGAUCCUAGAGUUUCACCGGAUCUUGCAAUACUUGAUAUUACAACAACCCCAUUUAAAUGGAUUAUACCAAAAAUCCCACCGGAUAAUGCCGCACCACCUCUUGCGGCUCAUACUGCGAUAAUGAUGAAUUACUAUAUGAUCAUAUCAUUUGGAAAAAAUACCACUCUUGUGAAUAAUGAAAAUCCUGUUAUUUAUUUGUUUGAUACAGUGGGUUACAAAUGGGUUACAUCAUAUUCUCCAAAUAUAUCCAGUACUUUACUGGAAUAUGAUUCAGCAACAAAUAACGCAUCCACAGAUGAAACAGGUCCAGGCGGUCUUAGUAUGCAAGCACUUAUUGGUAUAGUAGUUGGUGCAGUCUUUGUUGGAUUGGGUCUUUUGCUUCUUUUUUUCGUUUAUUAUCAAAGGUAUAGAAGAAAAAUCAGUGGUGGUGGUUUAAAUCCAAUAAUAAUUGAUGUGACAACUGAAAGUGUACCAGAUUCUACGUCAAACGGUGAUCAGACAAAUCAAAUUGUUAUAGGUCCUCGUUGGUCUAUUGCACCUACUAUACCUACUAUGAGUUCUCAAAAGCGAGUGUCUACUACAAGUAGUGCCACCAUUUCUGUAUCACAAUCACAAACUCGACCUAAAAGUCCACCUAAAAGUCCUCGACAAGUGCGAUUCUCAGUAGAUUCUCAACAAUUGCAAACAGAUUCUCAACAAUUACGAACAAAUUCUCGGCAAUCACAAGUAGAUUCUCAACAAUUGCAAACAAAUUCUCGGCAACCACAAGUAGAUUUUCAACAACCGCAAACAGAUUCUCAACAAUUACGACCAAAUUCUCGGCAAUCACAAGUAGAUUUUCAACAAUCGCAAACAGAUUCUCAACAAUCACGAACAAAUUCUCGGCAAUCACAAGUAGAUUCGCAACAAUCUCAACAAUCACGAACAAAUUCUCGGCAAUCACAAGUAGAUUCUCAACAAUCUCAACAAGAAGACUCACAACAAAUAGAUUCACAGCGAUUCCAGCAAGCAAGUCCACAGCGAAUCCAGUAUAUAGAUCCGCAGCAAUACCAGCAAGUAGAUCCACAACAGCAUCAACAAGUAGAUCCGCUGAAUUACCAGCAGGGAGAUCCACAGCAAUACCAACUUGUAGAUCCACGGCAAUACCAACAGGUAGACCCACUGCAAUACCAACAGGUAGACCCACUGCAAUACCAGGUAGAUCCACAGCAAUACCAGCAAAUCCAAUUUCAACCAAUACCACAAUUCCCAAUGCAUCCGCCACAAUACCAAUCAAACUCACAGCCACUCCCCCCUGUGGAUCCAUCACAAUUCCCACAAUAUCAACCAAUAUAUGCGGUACCACUUCAACCAGUGCAUCCAUACUCACAACAAUUUCAGCCAGUAUAUCCGAUACCUCAGCAACCGGUCAUAUUUUCCCAAUAUCCGGGAGUCUAUCCUCAGGAAAGUUAUUCUCGAGGAAGUUAUUCUCCAACGAGUUAUUCUCCAACGAGUUAUUCUCCAAUUAGACCUAAUUUUGAAGUCAUACCUGAAUGUGUUGAAAAUGAACAACCACAGCAUUUAUAUGUGACUAAUGAUGGGCAACAGGAAGGUUACCAACAACAUACAUCAAGUAGUGAAUCGAGUAAAAAGUCUCCAAAGAGUUAA